AGAAAAUGCCAUGAACUUGAAAGAGCUUAUCAUCAAGGGAUUUGUGGCGAACGAGAGCUUCGUUCACUCAACAGUUGUAAUAUAAAUUUACAGCGUAUUGCAAAUGUUUUGUCUCCACACACGCUUGAGGAGCUACGACGAAGUCUGGAUGGUGUCAGAACACGGAUAACGCGUGCUGGAGUAGCAGCAGAAUAUGUCGGGUUUUCGGCCCAUCGCAUUAAUUCAGGACGGCGAGGGCGACCAGCCAUUCAUGUCACCAGGGACCAAAUUGACUUCCUCAUGAAGCAAGGCAACACAGUGAAACGAAUUGCCAAAAUUUUGGGAUGCUCCUCAUCAUUUCUUUACAAGAGGACAAAAUUGCUUGGGAUACCAGUGAGGAGAAGAUUUUCUGUGAUAGAUGAUGAAGAACUUGAACGUCACGUAAGACGACUUCAGGGCCUGUAUCCAAACUCUGGAUAUGAGAUGAUGAGAGGCUUGCUACGUGCAGAUGGAUUGCUGCUUCCACGACGAAGAGUGCGUGAGAUGUUGGCCCACAUAAACCCAGCAGCUGCUGCUCGGAGGUGGAGCAGCACUGUGGCAAGACGGGUGUAUCAUGCACCUUACCCCAAUAGCCUGUGGCAUAUAGAUGGGAACAUGCGCCUCAUAAGAUGGGGCUUUGCAGUUCAUGGUGCCAUAGAUGGACACUCUCGGCUGAUCACUUAUCUGAACUGCAACACAAACAACCGUGCCACCACUGUACUGUCUCAGUUUCUUAAAGCCACAUGCCAUUAUGGACUACCCUCUAGAGUGCGAUCGGAUUAUGGUGGUGAGAACCUGCAGGUGGCUUUAUUCAUGAACCUUGUGCGGGGCAUCGAGCGCCGGAGUUUCAUCACUGGGGAAUCAAUCCACAACCAGAGAAUUGAGCGUCUUUGGAGGGAUGUGUUUUUGCAUGUGUUGCAGUCUUUUUACAGUACAUUCUACUCUCUUGAAGACUCACAUCUUCUGGAUCCCAGUAAUGACAUUCACAAGCUUUCACUCAGCAUGGUUUUUCUUCCUGAGAUUCAAAACAGUCUGGAGCGCUUUAGGGAGGCCUGGAACAACCAUGCUUUGCGCACGGAAAACAACCGAACACCAUCUCAAAUAUGGACGGAAGGCAUGCUCUCAAAUAUGGCAAGAGACAGUGCAGCGACCAACAGUGUGUUCGGGGAAAAUCCCUACAGCCCACACCAUUUGGAGGCAGUUCUGGCACAGCAUGGAAUUGACUCUUUACCUGCUACUGAUGAUGAUCUUCCAGCUGUAAUUGUAGAGCAGUCUUGAAUCAAUCUCAGUCAGCAGCAACAGGAGUCAAUCUCUCAUGCCAUUGAUCACAUUUCUGAUUUGAAGAUGAAGUACCUGACAUGCUGUGCAGAAAUUUCAAAUGUUAUGGCAACCUAAGACUUUUAACCCAUUUUUCAAAUGGGGAUGCCAUAAGACAUGUCUGAUGUCCUCUGUGACAGUAAACUGAAUAUCUUUGGUUUGUGGACAAAACAAGACAUUUGAGGACACCAUCUUGAGCUUUGAGAAACAUCAUUUUUCAACAUUGUAUAGAACAAAUGCAAUGGUCUAGGUCACAUAUGUCAAACUCAAGGCCC